GGUGAGAGGGGGGGAUGGUGGUGUUGGCAGGGCAGGGAAGGACACAAGUGCCAACUGCUACCGCCAUGCUCACAGUGCCACUGCUUCUGCGCCUCUUCCUGCUGCUGCGGCUUCUCACACCGCCGCCCCACCUUCUGCAGGGAGGGAGGAUACGGGGCAGUGCGAGUCAAGAGCACACUGCAGCACGGACAAAAGCAGAGCCCUGGAUUGCAAUACAGAAAACGCCACCACCACCAGCAGCAGCAGCAGGCCUGCCUGCCAGCACAGAGCGCCCUGGGAGGCGCGGAGGCCAGCAGCGGUGGCGGCAGUGCUGCACGUGCUGCAGCUGCUCGCGCACCGCUGGCCGCCCGCCCUCUCAGAGAUCACGAGAGAGCUCCUCCCGCUGCAGCGGUGGCCUUUUGGCUGGCAGUCAAGAGAGUGCAGGUGGGGGGGGAGGAGCGACUGGAGGGCACACAGUGGAGAGGGUGUGGCGCAUGGCACAGGUGGUGGGCGUGGCAGCGGCGAGCGGCGGCCACGCGGAUGAUGGUGCGGUGGCGGAAGCAGCAUUGAGCCUUCUCAACGUCAUGGGACUCCUCGGUGUGCCACAUGCUGCUGCGGCCGCCUCUUGACCUCCUCCCAGCUCUCGCCCGCCAUCUCACGCCCUCCCCAUCUUCCCGCUCCUCCUCAUUCUCCUCCCCCUCCUGCACCUUCCUCAUCGCCUGUCCCGCGUGCUGCCAAGCCGCCCUCGCCCUCGUGCGAGCACUUGCGAGCCACCCGUCCUUCGCUGCUGCCUGCCGUCAUGCAUCUCCCUCCCCCACUGCUGCUGCCACUGCCACGACUGCGUCGCCCCUCACAUCCCUCCUCGCCUUCUCCCUGCGAGCAGCCCUCGAACGCCUCCCCCUCCCUCCCUGCCACUGCUCCCACCCUCCUUCGCUCCGCCUCAUCUCAUCUGCCUCUUUCCCUGCCAGCUCAGCGCACGAUGACUCAGCAGCCAGCCAUGUGGCAGCAGCUGGCUGGCAGACUGCAGCAAGUGUCUUGCGCUGGCCGGGCACCCAUCAUGACCCGGCCGUGCUGUGGGCGGUGCACUUGUCUGCAUCUGCGUUGAUGCAUGCCCUGUUGGGCAGCGAGGUGGAAGGAGAGUCAGAAUGUGGAGAGGCGAGCAGCGGAGGGGCGGUG